AUGGAGUCUCGUAUACUUAUGCAAAACCUUUAUAAAGCCUCGAUGAACAUGAAAGAUGGUUUUUAUCCUAAAAAAUAUAUUCAACUUGCAGCCUUGAAUAUUAUUUCCCUUAUGUGUUUAGCAAGACGUAUAGAUAGUAUAGAAGAUCCAUCAUAUCAAUAUUUUGAAAAAUUUUUGAAGAGUCAUUUAGAAUUUUGUAGAGUAACAAAUAGAUUAGGUGACUUUUUUCCAAUCUUGAAAUGGUUUUCGAGCAGCAAAUUCUUUAAUAGAGUGAUCGAACAAAGAAAUAAACUGGAAUCCUUUUAUGGAAAUUUUGUUAAAGAAGUUAAGGAUGAUAAAGAAAAGAAACCUUGUGCUAUUAGAGAUUUACUCCAUAAAGUAGAUGAAGGUGUACUAGAUGAAUUUGAUGUUAUUCAUAUAACUGAUAAUAUAUUUUCUGCUGGAACA